AUGCUCUUCGGGGCGCUCGUGCCCUGGCGCUUCGGGUUCCUGACGCUGCACUUCGUGCUGCUCGUGUCCUACUACUUCGACAAGAUCGACGGCAUCCAGGUGACGCUGCCGCCCGUGGGCGCCCUCGGCCACAACCAGCGGCUCUACACGCAGGACGACAUCGACGACAAGUACAAGGAGCGCCGGGACCGCGUGGACCUCGUGCUCUGGAUGGGCUACGUCUGCUGCUUCGUGGAGUACUGCGGCCUCUUCUCCGCGCUGUCGCUCGACUGGCCGCGGUCGACGUUGUUCAACGUGUGGACGCACGCGAUCGGCGCCGUCGCCUGCGCCUGGGCCCAGCUCGACGGCUGGACCUACGUGUCGACGGAGUACCACUUCGCGCUCUUCAACUUCGUCCCGGCGUUCCUCGAGGCGUCGAUCUGCGUCUACGCGCACCGCGCGCUGCGGCGCGAGCGCGCGCAGCCGCGCGCGCUGCCGCCGAGGGCGCCCCUGUCGCUGCAGGAGGCGGCGAUCAUCCGCCUCUUCUUCCUCAUCCUCACGCUCUUCUGCCUCGUCGUCGGCGUCCCGACGAUGACCGCGCAGCUCGCGAAGGACCGGCGGCGGCGGCCGGGCCGCGAGAAGCGGAUCCCGGCCAAGGCGCUGUCCGUGGGCUUCUGGUUCGGCAUCGCCUUCCUGGUCCUCUUCGUCUUGUUCGGCCUCGUCACGCUCUACGUCCACGUCAAGUACCUCCACGGCGUCCAGUUCGAGGAGCCGGCCGCGCCGCGCGGCGACGCGUUCGGCGGCGGCCGGCCCCGCGGGGACGGCGAGGGCAAGGACGACGACGCCGCGGCGCCGACGCCGGCGCCCAAGAAGGCCACGCCCAAGCCCAAGCCCAAGAGCAAGAGCAAGUUCCCGCGGUUCCCUCGGACGCUGACGAUGAAGAAGAAGGCGAAGGCGAAGGCGCCCGACGGCGGCUCCGACAGCGACGGCGGCGGCGAGCCGACGCCCGAGCGGCCGCUGCUGGACUACGAGGACAAGCGCGACGACGGCGACGAGUCGUCGGCGGACGACCGGCGGCCGAAGGCGCGGGGCAGCGACGGCGACGACUCCCCGGACUCGCGCACGCUCGGCCUCGCGUCGCGCCACGCGCUCGACGCGACGCGCGUCGACGACCAGGGGCGCAAGGCGCUCCACCGCUUCUCCGCGAGCUACAACGUCAUCGAGGUGCACCCCGAGGCGGCCAAGGAGGUGGACCACCGGGGCUGGCUGCCCCUGAACCACUACUGCCGGGGCCUGGGCGGGGACUACGACGACUUCGGCGACGACGUCGAGCGCCACCUGGGGACGCUCGAGGAGCGGCGCGCCGCGCCGUUCGUCGGCGACGGGUCGCGGCCGCGCGACCGGCCCGGGGACCCCAAAUUCUUCGAGACCUGCGAGAGCCUCGCCGACGUGCGCAAGGAGUACAAGGCCAUGCUGCUGACCUACCACCCGGACAAGAACAUCGGCGACGAGGACGAGGCGUGCCGCCAGAUGCAGCGGCUCCAGGACGCGUACGCGGUCGCGCUGAAGAAGUUCCACAAGAAGCGGCCCCUCGAGGAGGCCGUGGCCUCGGGCGACGUGGCCCAGGUCCUCGCGAGCGUCGGCGGCCUGGGCGGCGAGGACGUGCGCGACUUCGUGGACGCGGAGGGCAACACGCUCCUGCAUUUGGUGUGCACGAAGUGCGUCCGCAACGUGGCCGCGGACCAGCUCGCGGCCGUCGUGCGCCUCAACCCGGAGGCCCUCAAGGACCAGAACCAGGAGGGCGACACGCCCCUGCACUGCCUCUGCGCCUGCCACCGGAGCCCGACGGAGUUCGAGGCGCUCGUCGGCGUGCUUCUGGGCGACUACGCGGCGGACGGCGGCCCCGAGGAGGGGCCCGCGCCGCCGCCGAAGGAAGCGGACGACGCGCCCGCGGCGACCCCGACGGACGAGGGCUUCGACGCGAUCCCGCGCGAGGCGCGCGACGCGGCCUGCGAGGAGGAGAAGAUGGACGCGGCCGCGCGGCCGAACGCGGACGGGCGCCUCGCGGUGCACCUCUGCUGCCGCUGCCAGCGCUUCGCGGGGCGGCGGUCCGUGGGCGCGCUCGAAAAGCUGCUGGCGGCGUUCCCCGCGGGCGCGGCGCACGCCGACGCCUUCGACUGGACGCCGCUCCACUUGUUCGCGCAGUUCCAGAUCGACCCGAGCCUCGAGGGGCUGAACGCCGUGCUCGCCGCGUGCCCGGAGGCCGCGGCGCGGACGACCAUCGUCGACAACGACACGCCGCUGCACCUCGCGUGCUACGCGCACCGGCGGAAGAUCUCCGCGGGCGCCGCGCUGACCCUGGGGACGCUGGCGUCGUUCGCGCCCGCGGCGGCGCUCCGGAGCUGCAAGCAGGGCCGCAAGCCCUGGGACCACCUGCCGUCCGACGACCCGAACUACGGCGCGGCGACGGGCGCGAUCUUCCGGGCCGUCGUCGGCGGUCUCGACGAGGUGUGCCUCGAGCCCGAGGAGGAGCUGCGGCGGCGGAGCUUCCUCGAGAAGGUCUUGAGGAAUUUUAGGGAUUCCUCCGGCGGGUCGCUGCUCCACGUGCUCGCGGGCGCCGAGGGCGCCGAGGUGCCGCUGGAGGACGUGCUGCGCGUCGCCGACGUGCUCGGGGGCGGCGCGGCCGUCUACGACGACGCCGACGCCGACGGGCGGACGCCGCUGCACCGCGCGUGCGCGGCGCCCGCGCCGCGCGUCGCCGACUACGACGGCGGCGGCGACGGCCCCGUCGCCGCGGCGCUCGUGGCGGCGCUGCUCGAGGCGUCGCCGGGCGCCGCGGCGCGCGCGGACCGGGGCGGCAAGACGCCGCUCCACCUCGCGGCGUCGCUCUGCGACGACGACGCGGCGGCCGUCUUCAAGGUCCGCGCGCUCCUGGGCGUCGCGCCCGAAUCGGCAAAAAUGGUCACGGGCGACGGCGCCGCGUCGACGGCGGCGCACCUCGCCUGCGCGUCCUGCGCGCGCGACAUCGGCCCCGCCGUGCCCGACGUGCUGGCGCUGUUAGCGAAGGUCGCGCCGAAAGCCGCGUCGGCGCCCGACGGCCACGGCAAGCGCGCGUGGGACUACCUGCCGCGCCACGACGGCCGCUUCGACGCCUGCUUCCACGCGCUCCUCGGCGAGCUCAUCGACACGCCCGAGGCCCUCGACCCGGACGACGACGACGACGACGACGGCGACGACGGCGACGGCGAGAGGCCCCGGAAGACGCGCGGCGCUGUGCCGAAACCAACCACUGGUUUGGGGGCUCGGCGCGGCGACGGCGGCACGGUGCUCCACCUCGUCUGUGCGCACCACCACAAGUCCGUGCGGCGCGUUUUAGCAGCGCGGCCCCAGGACGCCAAGCUCACGGACCGCGCGGGCAACACGCCCCUCCACAACUACGUGUCGCACCAGCCCCUCGCGGGCGACCUCAAGGACGCGCCCGAGGAGCUCGGCCUGCUCCUCGAGGCCCACGGCGACGCGGCGGGCGCGCCGAACCGCGCGGGGCUCACGCCCCUCCAUUUGUUGGUUGCGUCGCAGAAGCCCGCGCCCGCGCGGAGCGUCUUCGACGCGCUCGUCCGCGCGUCGGCCGCGAACCCGGAGUCGAAAGCGCUCGCGUCGUGCCAGAACGGCGACACGGCCGUGAGUUUGUUGUGCCGGGCCAACGCGAAGAAGAUCGCGGACCACGCGCCGUCGCUGGUGCAGGCCCUGGUCAACGCCGCGCGGAAGCGCGGGCCCGAGGCCGUCGCCGCGCUCUUUGAGCCGUGCGAGCGCGGGCUCCGGCCCUGGGAGAACCUGCCCGUGGACGACCCCAGGUUCGCCGCCUGCGCGGGCAUCUGCCUGCGCGAGGUGCUCGCCGACGACGCGGCGAAGACGUCGACGAGGAAGCUCGACAAGGGCGGCCGCGGCGCGCUCCACCUCCUCGCGAGCCGCCACGGCCAGCACCUCCGCCGCGACGACGACUUCGUGCGGCCCUUCUUCGCCAACGGGAACGCCGGCGCGCGCAUGGUCGACGACGCCGAGGCGACGCCCCUCCACCUCGCCGCGCAGCACCUGUCCCUCGACUGCCCCCAGGAUUUGGCGUUCCUCGGCGCGCUCGUCGACGCGUACCCGGAAGCCGCGGAGCUGCGGAACAAGAGCGGCUGGACGCCCCUCCACCACUUCGUCCACAAGCACGCGCCCAUCCUCAAGGAGCCCACGGGCGACGGCAAGUACGACAUCAAGUGGGCGGCGCUGGACGCGCUCCUCGACGCGGGGCCGGGCGCCGUCGGCGGCGCGACGUCCGCGGGCGACUCGCCGCUCCACCUCGCGGCCCACGCCUUCCGCAAGUCCAUCUCGCCCGCGGCGCCCCACCUGCUCGACGUGUUGGUCUCCGCGGCGCCGGACUCGGCCGCGCGCGCGGUCCGCCAGCGGGGGAAGGCGUCGAAGACGCCGCUCGAGUGGCUCCCGCGCGGCGACGCGCGCUACGGAUUGUGCGAGGAGCUCCUCAGCCACAAGGUCGCGCGCUGCCUCGAGCUCCUCCUCGAGCACCACGGCGACGCCGCGUCGCACGUCCUGCCGGAGACGGGCGAGCUCGCGCUGCACCAGGUCUGCGCGAUCACUCCGCCCGUCGCGACGGUGCGCAUGCUCGUCGCGCUGCUCGCGAACCACGCGCCGGCGGCGGCGACGCCGCGCAAGUCCGACGGCAAGACGCCGCUGCACCUCCUCUGCCGCGCCGUGACCGUCGACCGGGACCACUACGUGCCGCCGCCGCGGGCCGACGGCGGCGACGGCGACGACGACGAGAGCGCGGACUCCGCGGAGGAGGACUUCGCCGACGAGGACGACCGCGUCGGCGUCUGGCGCCUCGCCCGCGGCGCGCCGCGGCUCAUCCGCGCGCUCCUGGAGUACGCGCCGGAGGCCGCGGACGCGAAGGACGGCGACGGCAAGCUCGCGCUCGACUAUUUGCCGCGGCAGGACCGCAAGUACGACGCCUGCGCGGCGCUCUUCGCCGUCUUCUCGGCCUUCGCGAGGCACCCGCACCUGCGCGUCGCGGAAGACGAGGCGGAGGACGUCGCCGCGGACGACGCGCCGCCGUCGCCGCCGUCGUCGUCGCCGCCGUCGUCGUCGCCGACGACGCCGACGCGGUCGCGGCGCGACACGGGCGUCGAGUACCGGCGGACGCCGUCGAAGCCCAAGGGCCCGAGCGUCAUCAUCGUCGGCACGCUCCAGGGCAUCCCGGAGAAGUCGCCGAGCCGGCGGCGGAGCUCCGUGCAGAUCGUCGGCAAGGUCAAGGGCGCGCCGACCAAGUCGCCGGCCAAGGCGCGGCGCAUGUCCGUCAACGCCCUCUUCGACGAGAACACGACGAUCCCCAUCAAGCGGCCCGUCGAGUCGCCGAAGACGGCCAAGGGCAGCCGCCGGGGGAGCCGCAUCGUCGACUUCGGGCAGGGCGACAGCGUCACGUUCGAGGACGACCUCGACCCCGAGGACACGCCGACGCCGCCGCCGCCGCCGCUCGACGCGCCCCCCGCGACGCCGAGCGCCGCGAAGCCCUUCGUGCUGCCGGACUCGGACGGCGUCGCGUCGCCGCGGGGCACGCCGAAGCGGCAGGCGUCCGCGGCGACGCGCAUGUUCGCGGCCGCGGACGAGCCCGACGACGACGCCGCCGCGCCGGCGCCGCGCGUCGACACGCCGCCGUCGCCGCCGGGCGGGCCCGACGUCGCGGGGGGCGUCGGCUCGCCGCCGUGCGCGGACGCGGAGCCGCGCGGCACGUUCAGCCGGAUCCUGUCCCCCGAGCAGGGCGACGCGACCGCGAACCUCAUCGCCGACUACUACGAGUCGCCGACGACGAAGCCCCGCGCCGAGUCCUUCUCCGAGACCCUCUCCGAGACGCCCUCCGUCGACGUCGCCACGACGUCCGUCGCCGCGAGCGGCGCGCCGCCGCCGCGGCGCUUCAUCGUCCGCGUCAUCUGGCGCCUCAUCGGGCUCUUCGUCCGCGGCGGGGUCUAGGCGUGUCGUGCUCUAAGCGGCGGUGUU